AUGCCUCUCCGGACUUGCGAAACCGAUGGGUGCAAGGAUCCAGCAGAGCGUGGCGCUGGUAGCUGCAUCAUCUGUGCUAGACAUUAUUGCGUAGAGCACAAGAAGAAAAGCUAUCAUAAAUGCCCAUCAGAGAGUGACGAAGAUAAAGAAGUGUAUUGGGCAGCAUAUGACUCUGCUAAAAUCAGACACCUCGCCGCACUACUUGACAGGAUUAAUGUCAAUGCCAUGGAAACCAUUAUAGGUCAGGUUCGAGGGGUCAAAUGCCGCAUUCCAGUUCUUGACGCUGAUCUCGAUCAAGCUGCCAAGAUCGAAAUCGUCUCGUCUCAAAUGGGUGGACAGAAUUGCCAUGUCGAUGCAGAGUUUGAAGACGGCGUGACUUGGAUUGUAAGAAUCCGACUCGCCAAUCCAACUCUGCCUCCACAGAAAGUACAAGAUGAGAUACUUCUUAGUGAGGUUGCUACACUCAAAUUCUUAGAGCAGACAGCCGUGCCUGUUCCCAAAGUAUAUUAUCACCAACUAGAGUCUGAAAAUGAUACCGCUGGCGCUUCAUUCAUCGUGAUGGAGAAAUUACCAGGUAGAGCUCUAGAAUGGAACGAAACCAACAGCGAGCAACGGGAAAAAAUAAUGGAACAGCUUGCAACCAUUUUUUUGGAACUUGAAAAAUAUCCUUUCGAGAAGACCGGCUCCAUCGUCUCAACCAAUUCUGGAUUCGACAUUGGCCCCCAUGCCCAACUACCUUUUUUUGAAUCUCCAAUAUCACGGCUUGGUCCAUGGAGCGAUUUAGAUAAUGCUUACUCGGCGAGAAUUCAACAACAGCUACAGGCAAUCAACAGUAAAGAAAUUGCCACUCUUCCUGAGGAGAAUAGAGGCUAUUUUCAAUGGCUACUAUCAGCUCUCCCGUCUCUAUUGAGUUCGACGAAGAGUGCAACAGGCCCUUUCUACCUCAAACAUUUCGACGACAAAGGUGACCAUAUUCUCAUUGACGAGCAAUAUAACAUUACCGGCAUAAUUGAUUGGGAGUUUGCGUCCACCGAGUCGAAAGGCCUUGCAUUUAGUGCUCCUUGCAUGAUGUGGCCUGUUGGAGAAUUUUACGAUGGGAAGAAUGACCUUUCACGGGAUGAGCUGAAAUUUGUACGAAUCUUCAAACAACGUGGCCGUGAAGAUAUCGCGGAUAUUGUUCUUGGAGGUCGCCCGUGGCAGAGGUCUCUUUUCUUCCUUGUAGAUUUCAUCGACCCCCAGGUUCUAAUCGCAUUCUCAUCCACUUGCAAACAAGCACGCACCAUAUCCCUAAAACGUCUCGAAGAACACAAAAUCUUCACCAAUCUCGUCCAAAGAGAACUCUUCUCUCUAUCMCCCGCCAAUGUCCAACUUCCCGCAACCGAGGCGAGUUUCUUGAGAUCGGCCGGCUCGCCUGGGCUGUUAUAUGCUCUUGCUGAAACGCCUCGUUUGGCAUUGUUCCUCAAAGACUUGAGUUUUAAGCAUCAUUCGCGCCCUGACACAGGKCCUGUUGCUCCAGAGCGUGCUUGGGAAGUGAUUGGGCAGCUCGUUAAUGCAUCGUCAAUACUAAGAGAUGAGGACGAGGUGCAUGACUGGUUGGAUGCAGUCACCAAUGGGGUUGGUGGCGCCGCACUGGGUCUUCUCCUCAGCCGGUUGACACGGAUCAAGAAAAUUCAGUUUGAUAUCGGAUUCAGAGAUCCGGUGACUCCAUACGUUUCAAGAGCUGUAAGCAGGUUGGCAGCGAGGUCACGGAGCGGGUUCCUUGAUCAAGGUCUCUCGCAGCUGACUGAUGCGAGGUUGAACUUCAUCGAUGACUCUGAACCUGAUCCUCAUCCGGAUUUUGACGAAUCCGAUGACGAAAUAGAAGAAGAACAGCGAGAACGUGUAGUUAUUCCAGAGGAUCAUUUCCAGCAACUUCCGGAGACUGAAGACUGCAACGCAUUCAUUGACUGGGACGACGCCAACGACCCAGAAUAUCCCAUCCCAACAUCCCCAUCUCAGCUACAAUCCCUUACAAUCGACCGCGGCAACAUAUCCUCCCAAGACCUAUCCCGCAUAAUCGAGCACUGCACGACUUUUAGCUCAUUCAGAUACAUAAUCUUCCACACCAUGUACGUGUUCGGGCGCUAUUGGGAAAACAUCCCCGAAGUAGAUCCUAUACCAGACAUGACGCUCGAAUCCAUCUGCGCCACACUAAUCAAACACGGGAAAUCUUCUUUACGGCAUCUGCAUCUGGAGUUGUCAGAUUAUGGCGGGRUGUGUGGGUGUCGGCAUGAUCCAUGUCUGAAGCCGUACGGGCAGUACAUGUCCAUUAACCCAUGCGCGCCACAGACCACGAACUGGCGAUGGAACGAGUUUACGAAUUUGGAACGUCUAACUCUUGACAUUGACCUCUUCAGCAACGCCAAGGGGGGCUGGCUCCCAUUCGCAGAGACGCUGCCUACAUCAAUCAGAGAAGUAGCGAUACUCGCCCAUCGCUGUCCUCCAGGUGCCAACAAACUCGAUUUUGAGAACAUGUUCCGCGGUUUCAGGCCUCAGGCAUUUCCGCACUUACGCUCUAUCAACGCAUGGCAUCGUAACUUCAAAGAUUCUCGAGACAUCGGGCACAAUGCUCCCGACCACAUAUUGCAAAUAUACAGUCACGCGCUCUGGGAAGCGGACAUACCGACUGAGAGUAUACGACAGUACGAAUUAGACGAUGACUACUUCAAACAAAAACGCAAAGAGCAUUUGGCGUGGGAGCGAGCCAGUGGGAUGAACAAGAUGGUGAUGUUUGGAUUCAAGGAAGGGGAGUUGUAUGCGUUACCGGAAAGGGAUCUAGAGGGGUCGGUGAUGUUUGGGGUGUAUUAUUCGGUUGGGAUGAAUAUAAUGGAUUGGGGGAAUUUGUAUGUUGGGCUUGCGGUGGAGAAGACUUGGGAUUAA